GACUGAGAUUUAAUUAUUGUUUACUUUAAGUUUUAGAGUUAUUUUAGUGUAUGUUAUAAAUGUUAUUUUUGUAUGAAUUGUUCUUUUGUAAGAAUGGGCGCGUUUAUCUCGCAUCACCGCGCUGACGUCAUCAUUAGUUUCCUUCCUCGUUCAGCGCGUUUGUUGUGUCUUCUGAGGUGAGUUCUGCAGGCCCGAUGGAGGAAAAUGAGGAGAUUGGAGAGGAGAAACAUCAUGUCAAAACUGAAGAAAAAACUCCCUCACAGACUGAAAGUAUUUCUUCACUGAAAAGAGACAAGAAAUAUUUCAUCUGCCAUAAGUGUCUGAGUUGUUUCACACGACAAGAAGACCUUCAGGAACACAUGAUCAUCCACACUAUUGAGAAAGUGCAUGAAUGUGAUCAAUGUUGGAAAACAUUUGUAUGUGCUUCAUCCCUAAAGAGCCACCUCAGAGUUCAUUCACAGGAGAAACCAUAUUUAUGUUCUUUGUGUGGGAAGAGUUUUAAAUACAAACGAAGUCUCGAGGUUCACACGAGAGUCCACACUGGAGAGAAACCGUUCAUAUGUGAUCAGUGUGGGAAGAGUUUUACAGAAUCAUCAAACCUUCAGGAACACAUGAACAUCCACACUGGAGAGAAACCAUAUGAAUGUGAUCAAUGUGGCAAAAUAUUUUCGAGGGCUACAGGCCUAUCGACCCACAUGUUAGUUCAUUCACAGGAGAAACCACAUUCAUGUUCUUUUUGUGGAAAGAGAUUUCCACGUCUGCAGAGUUUAAAAUUUCAUCAGAAAAUACAUACUGGUGAAAGAGAUCAUAAGUGCUUUGAGUGUGGGAAGAGUUUUAUUACCGGUAUACGUUUGAAACAACACUGGAGGACUCACACUGGAGAGAAACCUUACAAGUGUUCACACUGCGACAAGAGAUUUCGUCGUUCAGAACAUGUGAAAACACACGAGAGGAUCCACACUGGAGAGAAACCGUAUCACUGCACUCCUUGUGGGAAGAGUUUCACUCAAUUAUCUUCUCUACGCAGUCAUAUAAAAUACAAUCACAGUAAGUAGCUUAUCUUCAGAUCCAGCACCUUCAAAUCACUUUGUAAAGAAAUACUGAAUACGUAAUAC